GGCGACGAUCGUUUGGACCGGAGGGGACGGGAGGACCGGUCGCGCGCAGUUGGCCGCACCACUGUCACUCGUGCACGCGCGCGUCGUUAUGUAAUCCGCUUCGCGUGAUCACGCGCGCUCCAACGAUCCGAAAAUCGCCAUUAAAUUUUCGCCCAAUUUCUCUCCUCUCUGUAAAACCGAUUCCUGGGAAACGUUACGAGCGAGUCGUCCGUUCCAUGCUGCUUCGAAAUAUAAUCGUUACGAAGAUAGGAUACGAACAUCGAUCCAAUCAUCCGAACCGAGAGAUUAUUCUCUCUCCGUAGUUCGAUGCUCGGUUAAUCAACGAGAGAAAGAGAGAGAGAGAUCGGCAUCAUCGCGAGAAACUUGACCGAUCCGUUAGAGGUUAAAGGCUGUUACACACCGCCAUGAGACCGCGUCCGAGCGUAAACGUCGCGGCAUCAUCGACGUUUCUCGACGUUCGAGAGUGGACGAGGGUGCGGUGAGGAAGAAAGAAAAAAGGGAGAAGGAGAAAAAGAGAGAGAGGGAGAGGGAGAGACGAAAGGAUCGACGACGGAGCGAGGGUGAGGAGGCAGAUAUGGAUGACAAGGUGCAGAAUGGAGUGGAGGCCGAGCAGUGGCUCCCAAUGCUGGAGAAGGGAGAAAAGAGAGCGAGCUCGGUGGGCAGCGGAGCGUUCAGGUUCAUCCGCACGCGCACGAGUAUCCGGCGGGAAUUGAAGAGACAGUGCAACAGGAGCAAGAACGGGGGGGAUUCGUCGACGACGGGGGGGAUUGGCGAGGCGGGGAACAACGGCGGCGGUGGCGGCGGAUUGGGGAAAUGGCUGCGCGAACAUUUGGGCGGCGGGUCGAAGAGCUGUCAGGAGGGAUGCGGCCCGGCGAAAACGAAUAGCGGGGGCGUGAUGCUCGUGGAAGCGAGUUGUGGAAACGAGCGAUCGUUCGGGAAGGGUGCGUACACGCCCUCGCAGAAUCUGUACUGCAGCCUGCCGAGGGACCACGGCCGGCACGGGUACAACAGCGGGCGAAAAGCGGGUGGCCACGGGUGGAACUGUGGCAAGGCUCAAGGGCAGGAACGGCAACGAUGCGCCGCCACCGGAAUGAAUCAUCACGAGAAGAUGACCGCUUUCGCCGACCUUGGCACUUUGACGAGGGGAGGGCCGAUCUACGGCAGCGAGGGGAAGACACCGAGGAAGCGAAAUCGCGAUCGACGAAGGCAUUCCCUGAACGAGAUCCACGAGCAGGGCCGACAACGUCGUAAGAGGUGUAUCCCGGAUGGCGGGGACGUUGGUUACACGAUGACGGAAUUGCAGCCGUCGCCACCAGGAUAUCGAGUCCAGGAUGAGGCCCCGGGCCCACCUUCCUGUCCUCCGGCCUCGUACAAGUACGCGAGUCACGGCCACGGUAGCGAGGCUGCCAAUUUCAAAAGUACCUCGUCGUCGUAUCCUCAGGAAGGGUAUGGUGGCCUUAAGCAGAGCCCGUCUAGGACGGUACCUCCUAACGAGUAUUAUCGGCGAAGAAACGACGGGAGGAGAUCCACGGAGAACGAGCACGAGGCUGGCAACGCAACCAAGAAAGCCACGAUUCCCGGUUACAACGAAAGUCACAAGAAGAAUACUACGAGCUACAAGAACGACAGCGGGUACAGCGAGAGCCUUGGAUUCGACAGUUACACGCUCCCUCUCAAUGAAAGGGACGAGGCAUCGCCACCACCAACGCCGCCGGUCCGAGACGCGUCUAGCCUCAAAGGCGUCUGCUACGGGCCCGGCCACGAGAAAUACCCGUCCUGGCCGAGCGCGCCCGAGAGACAUCCCGACGAGGAUGUUCACGGGUCGGGGCACAGCGGAUCCCAUCGUUCCAAAUCAUGGACCGAUCACACCAAUUAUCCCAAGGAGAAACCUGCCCAGUACACCAGACCGCAUACCAAGAGGCCCAAUCCCGCGUUCACGCAACAGUUGAAGACGGUGAUGGAACGCUGCGAGAAGAUCCCGGCGGAGACUUUCGAGUCGCGUAACAGAGGCAACGUAACGGAAGAGGAACCGAGAUUGUGGCCUCGCGUGGAUCGCGAGGGCAAAGCUCUGGGUGACGCGGAAUACGUGGUCCCCUCUCCGCCCGAACGCGAGCAACCUCAGACAGCUCAGACUCUCAGCCAUGCCGAUCUCGAGGCCUACGUUAGGAGUUAUCAGGUGGAUCCUCAGGUGUCCCAGGUGGACAUUUAUAGAGAGUCAACUCUAACGCAAGCAGGCCUCGAGGAAUACACGAGAGUGCAACAUUCUCAACAAGCAAGCUACGCACAAUCCGAAGGUUAUCACAGUUACGUGUCCAGUGUCGAUUCCACGACCAACACUCCGUUCCUCGACAGAUUAAGAAGAGACAGCGAGGCAGUGGCGCAAAGGCCGACAUCCACUUGGGAGGACUCGACCUCGAGAGAAGGAAGGGACAGCGUGGUGACGACGUCGAGCGGAAGCGCCUCGAGCAGCGAGACUCUGAAAUGGCACGGAUCGAUGUCGGAUGUGAGCGUGUCGAGCGGGUUGCCGGCUCGCCAGGAUCGUACGUCGGAUCGAUGGCACCACGGAUCGUUGUCGGACGUGAGCAGCGUGAACGGUGGAGUUUUAUCCCAGAAGGCCGGGAGCAACGGUUGUCGCGACAAGUGGCAAGGAUCUAUGAGCGACGUUAGCACCAGUUGCGGAUUGUCACCGACCGCAAAGGGGAGACACGGGGGUGAAAAAUGGCCGGACAAGUGGCAAGUGGUUUCGAUGAACGAUCGUAAUAAACAGAGUCAGGGUAGAUCCAGUUUACCGGCUGUGAUCAAUCAUUGCAACGCAUCGAGCAACGCGGCCGACGUUUCGUCCGCUAUGCGAGAGAGCAAGUGGCAAGAGUCGAGUAUCGACGAAGAGUCAUUGGUGGACAAGUCGCAAGUAUCGUCCAGUGGGGCCACUGCGUCCAUGCAGUGGGACAAUUCGAUGAGGAUCGAGGGUGAUAAGUACGGCUCGUUGGCUCAACCGAUGCCUCAAAGUCCCAUACGUCAGCAAAUCGGUAGCACGACGCCCCAAAGCCCGGAAAAUUGGAAUCAUCCUAUACACGGGUCGAUGUCGGACGUCAGUCAGGUCAAUGGAUUAUCGUGUAGCAAACAAUUGAUCGCUCAUAGCGCCAGAGUCCAGACUCCCCAGAGACAUCACUCGGAGAGCGUCUUGUAUUUGGAUCGUGAACGAAAUCAACGCAAACUAUAUCCCGUUGCAACUACUCAACCUCAACUCGACUCCGCGCAGACUUCGCAGAGAAUGCCACCAGCAUUGCCGUCUCAGCAAAUUUCAGUAGCAGAGCGCAUAAAUGAAUUAGAGAAGCAACAACAGCAGCAGCAGCAACAGCAACAGCAGCAGCAACAACAACAACAGCAACAAAUGCGUUACACCUAUCUGGAUCCGGAGAAGCGUCACAGAGUGUCGGAUCCAACGUUGAAAGCGAUACAGAAAAAAGCUCUGCUCUCGUUCUACGAGAGACAUCAUCAGGCAUCCUGGAGAUCGGAACCGCAAUUGGCCCAGGGAAGCCAAACGAUCGCCGCGCCCCAAAGUCCUCCGCCUCAACCACCUCCGCGACCCAGGCCACCGUCCUCGAGAAGAGCCAGCUCCGCUUCGGAUUACGCGAGCGGCGCUUGGCGGGAAAACGGGAAUAGAAAUCAGAAUCAAGGGAACGUGGGGGAACUGUCGAGUCCCAAGCAUCAACACAGCAACAGUUGCGGCAGCCUUUCCACGGACCUGCUGGGCCCCGUGAUAGUAGGGCCUGCGAUAUCAAUAGACGAUUGGGUGCCGGAGAGACCGCCCAAGAAACCACAUCUGAGAAACGUUUACAACGAUCGCGUACCCAGCCCCGAUUUGCCUCCACCCUCACCCCCAACGGUAACCGAAAACGAGGUUCACGAUUGCGACGAUCCGCUGCCACCUCCGCCACCAGAGCUGAGCGACGAUUGUUUCAACGAUGCAACGACCACGGCCACGACUGCGACCGCGACCGCGGCCACGACCGCUCACCACCAUCACCAAUCGUCCGAAGAGUCGAAAAUUCGCGAUAGAUCUUGCGACAGACACAAGUUGGAGAGACACUCGAUCAGAAGAUCGAAGCACGGAUCGAAACGGGAUUACGAGAAACUUUCCUCCGGAAAAUCUUCUCCGAAUUCGGCCGCGAAAACCAGCAUGUCCCACCAGCAGGCCGAGCAGGAGCAACAACAUCAAUUCGUCAGGGGUGGCAUAGCGUUGAAACACGUGGAAUCCGAGAUGGUGUUGGAGAAUGGGGUCUCGGCUGGAUUCGCCACGCACAGAAUGGUGGCCACCGGUCGUUCCAGCUUGAGAUAUCCGUCCGCGCAAAAGUUAAUGAUGAACGGUAGAGUGACGCCAGCCAGAAGAAUAUCGGAGGAACGAGGUUUUUCGGCCAGACCUCCGGCCCAAUUGCCCGAUCUUAUCUCGCAACGAUACACCGACUCCGGGAAUCAGAGGCCAGCCCCCCAGGUACCCGUCGAGCCGAGGAUCAUUCGGCAAGAAUCGAUGCGAGUGGAUGGGACGCGAAUCGACGUUUCCGGGACGUUGCUCAGGAACGAUUCCGCUCAGAGACUGGAAUCGUCUUCCGGUCAGAGGCCUCAGCCCCAAGUGGCUAAAAACGCGGAUAAAAGUGGCUCGAACAAUCAAACGACCAGACCUAAUUACUUGCCCGUUCCGGAAAACUCUAAGUGCGCAUCCAAGUAUCUGGAGACUGGGAAUCACGGUUUCACGAUCGGUAGCCCGGUGAAGACGGGCUACGAAGCCAAUUCCAAGAUGUAUCCAUCGGAAUCGAGCCCUCAGAAGUAUCACGAGCCUCCCAAAUACGUAGCCAAUAAUCACCAUCAAUCACAGCGUCACAGCGGGGACGGGACACAAAGGGGGAAUUAUUACGCGCUCCCCCCCAAGUAUAUAGACGCACCGAAGCAAAAGCCUCAACCUCAAUGUCCCACGGAUAGAUACGGCGGUUCUUCCAACGCUUCUCCGAGUUCUCCUCCUCCUCCGCCUCUAGCGCCAAGACAAAACACCGCGAGUAGAAAGUCAUUGCCACCACCGCCCCGACCGGCUCCUCCGCACGCGCUGCAAGGGAGUCAAUCGAAGGCCUCUUAUCUGGCAUAUCGGCGAGAACGAGGUGCGCCUGAUACCGAAGGUAGUUACAAGAGAACCAUGUCACCGACAUCUCGCCUAGAGGAUUGGCCACCGCCACGGGAUCACGAUGAUCCGGUUCUUCUUCGCGUCACGCCUCAUCAUCCGUUGCAGCAUCAUCACCAUCACCAUCAUAACAAUCACCAUCACCAACAACAACCGGAGCUUUCCAAAUCGCACAGCGUGGACGCUCUUCAUCACCGGUUAGAAGAACGAUCGGCGCAACAGCAACAGCAGCAGCAGCAACAACAACAACAACAACAACAACAGCAACAACAACAACAACAACAACAAAAUUCGGCUGAGAUGAUUGGAAAGUUGUCGCACGAUUUGAACAAGAAAUUGCAGUUGAAUGAUGCGAGAUCACGAACCAGUGAGAAUAAUAAUAACGAUAAUUUGGAGGACCGACAUCAGCAUCAUCACCAUCAUCAUCAUCAUCAUCAUCAUUAUCAUCAAGAGAGGAGACACGAUUAUGAACAACGUAAGGAACGACAGUCCCCUCAGAGUAUCGAAGUUCUUAACGAUAGAAAUCGACAGUUGGAACGCGAACGCAGGAAGUUGGCAGCUAGUUGCGAGCCUUUAUCUCAGAACAGAGAGAAACAGAAUCGGAGUAUGGAAAUACCUUCUUCGGUGGUCGAAGAAAAUUUGUUUCGCGAACGGAGCGCCACCAUUGAGAUGACCUCACAGAACAUCGAACUUUUGAAUCGACGUAACGAAAAGAGAACAAACGUUACAUCGACAACGACCAGCACGAUCACCACUUGUAUCACUACAUCGUCAACAACUACUGCAAUGACGAUCACAACUGAUAGUUGUUGGCCACGCAGCCUCGAAGUGCAGAGUUCCAUCGAAGCGUCACCUGUUUCGGAAAAGCCUACACUACCGACCAGUUCUCCUCCAAGAUCACCGGAUCAAGUCGAAGGAGAUAGUUCAAGAGGAGCAGUACCGAGACGAUCCGGAAGCUGUUCCAGUUCUUCCUCCUCCUCUUCUUCCUCCUCUUCCUCUUCCUCCUCCUCCUCUUCUUCCUCUUCCUCCUCCUCAUCCGGUAAAUCCUCGGAUCUUCAUAUUUCACCACGAAACUUGUCCAAUAGUUUCUCCAAAAACGAGAAUUCUUUCCUUAACAAUAGAAAAGUCUCGAGCCCCACUCAAACGGACAACACUGGUUCUUCCAAUAGAUCCAGUUCACCUGUUCGCUCGAAUCAAACGAAAGAGAUAGAAUUGCGAAUGGAUAGGUCCUCUUUAUCGAGCAAAUCUAGAUCAGGAGGAAGAUCUUCGACUUCUUCCGUAUCGAGCUGCGUAUCGAAAGCUUCCUCCUCGUCGUCAUCGAGAAAUUCUCCGGUCGAAGAGGACAUAUCGUUUUCUCCAAUGUCGCCAUGCGUAUCACCUCAACCGGGAAUAGAGGGAUUGACACUGUUACAACGUACAGAGGUUGUGCUUCGAGUGAACACGGCUACCAGUGACGUUGCCUCGCAGACAGAUAUUCCAGAAACAACAGAGAUUGAAUCAUCGACAGUCAAGAUUCGGGAAAUUCUUCUUUGCAGAAAGAAAUUACCAGAAGAGAUCGAAUGCGAGGAACUGGGUCGAGACUUGGCAAGUCAGCUCAAUCCGAACGAUAAGCUGGUACCUCUUUUAGUUCCAGCUCCAGAGCAUAAAAAACCCACAGACUAUGUUACCGGUCUGUUCAGGGUGGAAGCGACUUUGCAUCCGCGACCUAAACGUCGAUCGUCUCUCGAAGAACCAACGACCCCUUGCUCGGAUAAUGGAGACGAGGAAAAAAAGCACGAGUCGAUACCCUCGACUCCGUUAUCGGCAGAUUCAACCAGUCCUCUAUCCCCGACGUCCGCUUAUUUCACCACAUCCGAAGGAAAGGCAAGGUUUCUCACGAGAUAUUCACGUGACGUGACUGUUGAGGGAUCGACGAGACAGGAAGAUGUGCCGCCUAUCAUUCCAACCAAUAGCCUUGAUCUCAGGCAGAAAAAGGAGGAGUUGAUGAUGAGCCUGGACAAGAAGCUCGUGGUCCUAAGAGCCGAGCAGGAAGCAGUUCGCGAAGAGGGAGAGGUGAACGAGGCUUUGGGAGCAAGAGUCGCAACAAGGAUCUCCGCUGUUGCUCGACCAGCGGAAGCGUCCAAGUAUCGGUUGCACGUAGAGGAAGUAGGCAAAAUCACGAGUCUUCUUCUCGGCCUGAGUGGCAGAUUAGCUCGAGCUGAGAACGCUCUCUACGGAAUGCCGGCAGAACACGCGGAAAGGAAAAUACUCGAGAGCAAGAGGGAUAAGUUGAUGGAUCAACUCGAAGAAGCGAAGAUUCUGAAAAGUAAUAUUGACAAGCGUAGCGUGAACGUGUCGACGAUCCUGUCCAAGUACCUGAACGAGGAAGAAUUCGCGGAUUAUCAACACUUCAUCAAUAUGAAGGCGAAGCUGAUCGUGGACGGUCGGGAGAUCCAGGACAAGGUGAAGCUCGGGGAGGAGCAGUUAGCCGCGCUAAGGGAAGCGAUCGAUUAGUAAAACGCGAGCUUGAUCGUGAACCCGAUCGUAUUUAAAGGCGUGAUUAUCAGAGGCGUGUGCUUCUUCAAGCAUAAUAAUAUCUUUUUAUAUAUAAAAAAGAUUCAAGAUGUUUCGCAAUUUGUUAAUUUUGCAAACGAUCUUAUCACUCGUGCGUUCGUUCGAAUCAAUGAGUCGAACGUGAUAACUUUAUAUAAGAAUAGGUGUAUUGAUAACUUGAAAUUGUAUUUCUUUUUUUUUUCAUUUUUUCAUUUUUUUUUUAAACACGCGUUCAUCGUACACGUUACGUGUCUUUUAAGUCUUGAAUGGAUCAAAAUGGAGAAUUUCAUCAUAUCGUGUUUUUAUGCGGAAGUAAAAUCACUGGUCUCAUGGGUGCGAACGAUCUUAAAGAUCGAAGCAUGAUCCAGAGACGGCCUCGAAUGCCUAGUCGUUGCCGAUCUCCCUCCCUUUCCCAUUGAUCGUAUCGUGUGUUCCACGUGAUCUGAACAAGGAUCGAGAACAGAAUAUAUCGUAAUAAGUGUCACUAAUAAUGAUACGAUAACGAUGAAAUAAAACGAUGGUAAAACGAUCAAGCGAAGGCAAAAUUUUCUCGUUUCUUUUUCGUUAAUUUUUGUAAAAUUAUACGAUAUGAAAUUGACCUUCGAUCGUCUUUUUAUUCAAUUCGAAUAAAAUUACCGUGGUUAACGCGAACAAAUCUUACACGGAUGACACGAUGCAAAGCUCGAAAAACAGAUCGCAAACAGUUACGGCCUCGACGUGUACUGUUCGCGGUAGAGCGUGGACGCAAAUAAAUAAAAGCAAACAACUGUACAACGUACAGAUGUUUCCAUCACACGGUUAGCAUAAUGUCAGUUGAGAAACUCAUCUCGCGAAAAGAUUUUUGACCUAGAAUUACUUCUGGUGCCUUCUUAUAUACGAUAUGUGAUAUAAAGAGUAAGGAUAAUACUAUAUUUGUAUAUCCGAAACGAUACAGGCAAACCAAGUGACGUUAUAACAUGUAUAUAAUUAUAAAAGAUAAGACAAGUUAGUAUUUAAGCGAUGAGCGUAAUGUAGGAAACACGCGAUACAUAUACAUCCACACAAAUACAGGUACACACAUGCGCGAUGAUGCAUUACAUGUGCGCGGAUCCAUUCAAAAUCAUUAUACAUGCUCACGUAUACACAGUGAUUACUAUUUUUUAUGUUUUUGUUCUAAUCUCGGAGACUCUCGUGAGCCUCUAUGACGCUUGUGAUCUUACUUAUUUCUCUACGACUGUACCAAGGACUCUCGAAAGCAAAUGUGUCAAAGAUAAAUCGAAACGAUUUCGAGCCUCCUUGGUGGUUUUGCGAAAAAUUUUAUGCCUCGGUCAUUUUUCAAUUUUUUAUCGUUACUUCUUUUCCCUGCCUUUGAAUAUUUUUUUGUUAUUAUUAUUAUUAUUAUUAUCAUACACUAUACAUCUUGCGUACACCACACCCUUACCUUCUUCGCUUCGACGAUCGUCCCGUGGUGAUCAAUCUCGACGACGAAUCGCAGAACGGAGAAGACGCGACAGAAAUUCGGAGAAGCGAAGGAUCCUCCGGUUUUUUGAGCUCGGUAAUGAAAUACUUACUUGUAGACUCAAAAAUUCCGAGAUGGAGUCCGUCCUCUGUUACUCGUUCCAGCGAAAAGUUCGUGGCAAAAAUUACGUAACUUUUUAGCCAAGUCUUAAACGAAAAAUAAAAAUAAUAUCGUAAUAUUUACAUUUCUAUCGUUAUUUAGCGAAAAUAAAGCGAAAAUCGAGAUCAAAUUGUAUUUCCGAUAUCGUCUAUUUCGAUAGAUAGUUAGAUAAUUCGUUAAAUCUAUCGGUUAUCCGUUAUAUCAUUAUCGUUGAUCAUAUUAAUUUCCAUCCAUUUAAGAAUGCGCGGAUCGUAUUCAAACCAUUGGAAUUUCAACCCAUAUGAAACGUACGUACGGUGUCGAUCAAUUUAUAACCGAAACAGAUCGAAAAUGAUUCGAUAAAUCAGAGAAUGAUCGAAGUUGAUCGAAUCGUUUCGCAGAGGACGAGCAAAACGAGCACACAAAAUUCGUAUCGCGCGUGAAAGACUGAGCACAGGGCAUAAAAUUUUGCAACAACAUUAUAGUCAGUUUUUGUUCCUCGUUUAUUUUUCGAUCGUUCGCAAGAUACCGCGCUGAUACGGCAGCGAUACUGUAAUCUCGCCGCCUGAAUAACCACAUUUCGUAAUGCGCUUGCAAGCAGCGUUACAGCGUCCCGUCAUAUUCAUCGUGGUGAUACGCGGAAAAUUGUAUAUAACAAAUCCAGUUAAUUUGAGAAUAAAGUGAAAAAUGAAAAUGAACGAAAAAAAAAAGAAAAAAAAAAAAAAGAAAAAAUGAAAGACUUGGACGAAAAAAAUGAUAAAGAAACCAUGGUGCUCUGCAUAAUCUAUUUUUUACGAAAAAAAAAAAAAAAAACGUUCCAUUAAUGCGUAGGAUAUAUUUACUAAGUACGCUAAGUUCGUUCAAUAUUUAAUAAUAUCUCCUUUUUUCCUCUUUCGUGUACAUAUUCUUUACAAGCAUAAACAAUAUUAGUUUUAAUGCGAUGCGAGGAGGACCCGUUUGAUAAAACAAUCUACACACGCUGCACACACGCGUCACAUAUAUGUAAGCGGCGACGAUAGGUCAUUGUGUUAGUCUGACAAUAUUAUCGCAUAUUUCGAAUGUAUCACGAAAUCAUUACGAUAACUAUCUUUCUCAAACUCGCUUGCAAUAAUAAAUAAUACCGUUGAAAAUUAA